GGCCGGCUCCAUAGUGGUGUCUAAAAAUACUGCUAAUGCGGAGUGCCUGCUGGGCGCCUUUGUUUGUCACCUUUGGGUGUCUGCUCUGGCACUGGCCAGGUGGUGUCACACCCCUUGAGCCGUGGGUUAGGUUCAGCAGGUGAACUGUGGCCCCUCCAUCCCCCCCCUGCACUGGGACGUGGUGCCAGUGGAGACAGGGCAGGUGUUGGCAUGGGAGGUGAGGCAGGAGGCACCUGUGUGUGUUAGGGAGUGCCACCUCCCUGCAGUGCCACCUCCCUGCAUGCAGCCAUGCAAGGAGUCUUGGUGGGAUGGCAAAGCUUUGUUUCUCUAGCCUUGCUUGGAGCUGGGCAUUCUCCAAGUGGUGGCUGUUUUGUGUCCCAGAAAUCUGUCCUGAUAUCCCCUUGCAAGUACCAGCUGGUUUGAGUACAGAUCUGGAGUUGGGCCCUGGUGGUGUGGUCUGUCCACCACUGGCAUUGUGUGCCAGGGCAGAGCUCACUAGAGCUGGGGCUGCUGGACCUUUCCUCUGUGGCUGCCACCAUGGUGUGUCCUGGCACUGACGGGACUUGGACUGUGGCAACCUGCUGCUUUCUGGCUGAGCAAAGGUGGGAGGAACGAAGGGAUAUGCACCUGGGACAGAGGAAAAUGAUGUGAUGGGUGCUGGGGGGCACCUGGGUGCUGGCCCAGGCCAAGGGCUAAUCAGCACUCUGAUGUCCACUCCAUGGCUCUGCCUGGUGCAGCUCUGGCUGCUGCUGUGGUCCCUCCAUCUGCUGCCAGGCUCUGGAAGCUCCCGCUGCAGCGGAGGGAGAGUCUUGCAGGGGUGGUGAGAGCCAUCUGGAGCCUACUGGCCUGGCAGGCUGGCAGGGGGAAGGUGUUGUGUGGCAGGGCAGCAGCAGAGGGCUGGGAAGGGCAGGAAACACUGAGCCUGUGUGCCUGGGUCUCAGUGAUGAGCCUCUUCCACUUUGUGUGCAGAGAGGUCAGAGAGGUGGUGGCUGCUCUUGGUUCCCAGCUGGUGCUUGUGGUGGGCUCUGACUCCAGCUGUCAGCUGUGGGAGCUGAGCUUUGUGCCUCUUCACUGUGGAGCAAAUAGGGAGAGGUCACCCUGCUGGCCUUUAGGGUCAUGGCUGUCUACAUUCUUGGGGCCCUUCACUGGAGAGGGAGCGUUGCUGCUGCCUCUGUUCUUGCCAGGCAGUAACUCUGAAGCCACACAUGGCAGUGGUGUUCCCCUGAGCAGUGAAACACACUGUCCCUACCUGCUGUGCUGUGUGGCUCCCUUUGGUGAGCGAGGAACAAAGAAUGGGGUAGGAGACUUUGCAAAUCCCAUUGAUCCACACCUUGGAAGCUGCGUGUUUGCAUCUGCCUGUCCGGGACCAGGGCCCUGUGAGGGGAAUUGAUCAAGCUGUAAAACCCAGAGCCAGCUAAUGAAAUAGGGACUAUAGAUUUUUAUUUUAAAUGGAAGAGAGUUUAGGAGAGAUUUAAUUAUCCUUGGUUUAUGGACCUGUUAGAGGAAUGAAAUAACAGCUGGCAGGUAAGGGCUGGGCUUCAGCUCGCUGCACUUUUCUCACAGGUUGUCUGCAGAACUGGUCAAGUUUUGCCACCCAGGGUGGACUGGGGAAUGAUGUAAAGUCACUCAGAGCAGAGUUAAACAGGGUGAAGUCCUGCUUAUCCUGCUGGGUGUUCCUGCUCCCUGCCGGGAGUAUUUGUGCUGAAAUACCAGAAGGGCUAGCCCUGGGCAAUUUGGGCUGGUGUAAGAACAGCUCUGCUUGGUCCCUGGGGCUUGGUGUGUGCCAGUCCUUGUGCUAGUGGACAUCAGAGAGUUUGGGAGCCCCGUACUCACUGGGCUGUCUCCCUGUAGGUAUAAUUUUCCUGGGGCUGUGGGCACUGAGCUCUCACUGACGCUCGUGUACCUGCGCAGUGUGUGGAGUUUGUAAAGGAGAGCUGCAGAGCGCUGGGAUUUGCUGGGCUCAGCUGUGUGUUGGACACAAGCUGUAACGCUGUCACUACAGCCACUCCUCCUGUGUGCAUCCACUCCUCUGUCACGUGAGGCUGGCCGCAGGGCACAGCUGGGGAGGACGGCGCUGGUUUUCGGCAGAAAAGCCUGGCUUCUGGAUGCUUUUGAGGUUUUCACCUCUUUAUUGAGAAGCCAGGGCACAGCAUUUUCCCACUAUCCCUUGUCUCCCUGCUUGGACCAGUCUGGAGAAACAUGGUUUGUCACCUGCUGUGUAUGGGUGACUGGUUGGCCAAGAGGUUUGUGUACCCACCAUGCAGGCACAGCCCUUAGAGUGCCAGUCUGAUGUGUCCAGAGGCUGCUAAAACAUCCAAGGAAGCUGCUGGUGCUGGGGAGCUCUCCCAGAGCCCUCCAACAUUGAUGCAGGAACUUGUGAGAGCCAAGCCCUGAGCCCUGCUGUCAUGGAGCUGCAUGAGGAUGUUGCGUGGCUCCCUGAGACAGGUCAGUUCCAGAGGGGAGCAGUGAGGAUCUGUGCUGUUUGCUCACAAGGAUAUUGGGAGAAGCCAGCCUGCUGACUCUCUGGGCAGCAGAGCUGCAUCAUGGUCCUUAUCCUUUCCUCCACCCUUGCACCUGCAAGUCCUCAGUGUUUCAGGGCAGGAGCUGUUUCCUGGAGGGCAUAAGCAGACCAUGUCCAGUGUGUCAUGUCUGGGUUUUCUGGAGUGAGGUGGUUUGGGAGGGUUCCACAUUUUGCUGUGUGCAUGGCAGAGGGUGAGGUUGAGCAGUGUCUCCAACAAGCAGCACUCGUUGCAGGCCUUGGGAAUAUUAUUUUCCAGCUGCAGGCUGGUCCCCGGAGACCUGCUCUCACUGGCUGCAGAGCUGUAGUUCUGGGUCUUCCUUGGCUACCCUGGAAAGCAGGAUGAAGGUUUUUAGCUCAACCAUGCAGAGCAGAGGACUGGCCUGCAGUACUGUGUUAGGAGCUGCUUUCUCUCAGGUGAUCCAGGCCUCUGGCAUCUCUCGCUGUUGCCCCUGGGAAGGGAGGGCUCAUGUUCUGCUCCUUCUUCCUCCAACCCUGGCAAUGCUGAGGCGCGGUCCCCUCCGGCAGGUUGUCUUUUCCCUACUGUGCUGGUGGGGCUCCCUAGUUGCGUUUGCAUUUUGAGCCAAGUGUCUUAGUUGGUUUUCUCUCCGUGCCUGUGCUUUGGGAAAGUGGUGAACAAUAAAAAUCUGCCGUUGAGAGCUGUAGCAGAGGUCAGGCAGCUCCUGUGCCCCAGGCUGCUCUCUUGUCACUGCACAGUUGUGCUUUGUGCGCGGGGGCUGUCAGCUUGAAAGUCAUGUUUUUGCUCUUAAAACCAACCUCGGGCACUGGUGUGGGGCUCUCUGAGUGAUGUACGGGGACGUAUUGCAGCAAACCUCCUUUGCACUUAGGGAAGUGGUCACUCCCUUUUUUGGUGCAUCUUGUAAGCAGCCUCUUGGCAGUUUUUUAAUCAAGGACAAAGGAGUGUAAAUGGUUGCUGAAAAUCAUGAGUUUCUCUGAACUCCUUCCUGAAAAUGAUCGUUGCAGGUUGUCGGUGUCCCUGCAGGCUUCUUAAAAUGCAAAACAAACCACCCAGCCCAACUUCCUGACUGUCACUAGUACUUUCAAGAGACGCUUCAUUUUGCUGAAUGGUAACAAAACUGCUCUCUGCCAUCCACCAGCUCCUGGCUCUGCCUGUGUCCUUUUGCAGGAGCUGCUCUGGCCGAGUGCAGUGGAGAGCAGUGGGGAAGGUGUCUGGAGCCUGGCCCCUCCUGCCCUUGGCUGCUCACUUGACAGAUGCCAUUAACACUGUCCACAGCAUGUAGAGACCAGGCUAGACUCAGAGAUGCUUGUGGAGAGGUGACAGAUGAGCUGGGGACUCAGGGAUGCUGUGUGGGGAAGGGAAAGAGGGGUGAUCCCUCCUCCCUGAGCUGGCUCUGCCCCAGGACAUUGGGGCGAGAUCUGUUUUAGGAAAGGGCAGUCUGAAAUGAGAACUAAAAGUGAAGGGCAGAGGAGUAUGGAGUCCUGAAGAGCAGUGUCUUGUAGUAGGAAGGAAAAGAAGGACCAGGGAGGCUCCUCAGGCAGCAGGAGCAGGGGAUGGACAUGGUAACAUUUGCUUUUUUCCUCCCACCCAUGUGCAACUGAGCUGUGGAAGUGGCUCCUGCAAGAUGCCUGGGCAGACAGAGGUGUGUGUAGUUCAGCGUUCUUCUGUUCAGGGGAGAAGGAAGAGGCCACCCAGGAGAGAGGAGGACCCAACCCAUUCCAUGAUGCUGCUGAGCUACAGAGGUGGCCAAGCUGGACCCAGUUGCUGCCCCUGCAGCCUUCUGGUCAUACUAUUCAGGUUGUGCUGGUAUUUCUAGGGCAAACGAAGGAAGGUGGAGAUCUCUGCAGAUUAUUUACCCUGUCCUAAGGAAGUGAAGGCUUGUUGCAAGCUUAGUGUUUAUUUGUGAGUGUUCACUCUGCUUUGAACUUGCUGGGUGGUGUCAGCUGGGGUAGGUGUCAGGUGUGGAUGCUGCUUAUGAGGUCUUGGAUUGCUACAGGCUCCUUUGGGGAGGAAGGCGCUGCUAGUUCUCCCUCUGCAGUGCAGCUCAGCCAUGCUAUUAGACAUCAGAGAAUCCACGUGGGAGAGAUCGACAGGAAACUGGGCGUUAUCAGUUCCGCUGCCUGUGCAGCUACUCGCUCCUCAUGUCAGCAUCCUCCACGUGUGUGUGGCUGGAGGCGUUUGAUGGGAGUGCUGUCAGCCUGGGGGUGGGAGUGGGUGGCGUGUGAUCGCGGCGGAGGCGUCCUGCCUCCACUGCCAGUGAACUCGGCUCCACCGGCUGUGUGGAGCAGGGAGGGAGCUCCUUGCUCCCCCAUAUCCACGGUGAAGCGCUUCACCCUACUGAUGUUGGGGUGUCCCAUGUCCUCUGGUGCUUGUGUUGGGCCUUGGAUAGAGUAGGGACACUCCUGCUGCUCCUCCCUUCCUGCAGUCUGAGAGCUUCUGUGUUCUUGGUGCUGGUUUCUUCAUGUUCUUUUACGAGGCCUUGGGUGGAAAAGAGAAGGAUCUGGGGCCUCUUUCUCUCCCUGGACUUGUGUGAGAGGCCCAGGAGAACGUGGAGGUGAAUUAUUGGCAUGCUGAGUGUCAGGGAGAACACAGGACACACCAAGCCUCUGGUGGGAGAUGUGCUCUCACCACUGGAUCACCCUGGCUAAUCCUGUGUGAGACCUGACCCAUAUAUGGGGCAAGGGAGGUGGCAUGUCUGUGGCAGCAGAUGGUCUCUUAAAGAGUCUGGGCUCAGGGAGACUUUGUCCUGCUGGCCCCUGGCUAUCCUGAAGGAAAGGAUGGGCCACCUGUCGGCUGUAGAGCAGCCAGGUUCAGCCUGAGCAGCCCCUGCAGGUGGAGUGCUUUCUAAGGCUUACAGGCUGUCCCACUCACCGGGGGUGUCACAGGUCUCUGUGGCUGGACUGGGAUCUCUUGUCCUGGCCCCAAAGUGCUGACCAGCCUUGCUGUAGCAUCAUUUGGGCCCCUCACAUGGCUUUUCAGGCAGAGCUCUGUACUUGGGGCAGUGCUGGUGUCUGUGUGCAUGGCUGUGUCCCUGAUACAGUGUGGGCAGAGCUGUUUCCACAUGCUCUGAUGCUGUGGCUGGAUGUGUGGUGCCCCAUCCUCACUGGGCACAGCCGUGUGCAGUGUGGCUGUGCCAGGGGAACGAUCCAGCCUGGCUGGGCAGGGAGCGUGAACAGCGUGUGAGCUGAGUUCCAUCGAUGGCUUCUCCUGAUGCCAUCCUGAGGACAUCGAUAGCUGCUGCUCGCAGGGGAGCUGGUGAUGCUGGGGCAGCUCUGGAAGGGAGUAUCUGCACAGAUACCCACCAUCUGUGGCCUCUGCCUGCUGCCAGUGCUCUGCCCAGAUUCAGACCAUGUCCUGGCAGCCUUGUGAAGUUGCAGUGCUGCCUCUGCCCACAAACAAUGGCAAGGUCAAAGGGCAGAGCGCUGUUUUCCUUCUCUUUCUUCCCUGUAGUCCCCAGCUGCUGGAGCAAAGAGGCUGUAGUGGAACAGACCUGGAGGGUGGUUGUUCAGGUUUGGGCUGAUUCAAUCCUUUGGCUCUUCCUGCUGGAGUUCUUGCCUGAGUGCGUGGCUCUGACACCAUCAUAGUUCUGCCCUGCUGUGCUACCUUCCUGUCCUGUGUGUCCCCUACUAUGGGGACAGAAGCAGUUGGCUGUGGUGCUACUGACAAUCAUGGUAGAGGGAUCUUGCCCCAGAAUGCUCUGUAUCCUGGAGGAUCCUUGAGCCUGGUGUAGCUCCUCCUGCACGCCUGGAUGCGGGGUGAAGAGGUGAGAACCUUGUGAAGGGCCUGAAGGGACCUGGCACAGGGCUGGAAUCGGGCAAAGCUGAAUCUGACUGCUCAUUGCAACAAUGAGCCACUGAAUUGUUAAAUCGUCGAUCUGAGGUUUUCUUUGAAAGGGGUGAUGCUACAAAUUAAUUAGCUCCCUUUUGGUUGUUAGCACUUUAAAGCCCAGCUGUCAGGGGAGGGCUGGUUUAUAGGCAUUACAUCAGGGCUGCCGGCUGGCUCGCUCGCCUACCUGGGAAUUUCUAAGUGUGCGUUGUAACCGGGGGAAAUUUGGCUCAGAUGCAGCAUCUGGCGCUGAGUGAAGCUGCUGCGAUGCGCUGUCCUGAGCACGGGGAUUUGAGUGGUGCCCGAGCUGUGCUGCCGGGACACACCGGGAGGCGGUGGCUCGGCCUCCCGGUGUGCAGCGCCCGGGGAGCCGGUGCCUCUGCCUCUCCGUGCCCAGCUCUAAGCGUUAGGGUGACUCACUCAGGUGAGAUCCAGGUGUGUGCAGGAGAUGGUCCGAGUAGUUCCUGCUUCUUAAUUAAUUUGAGAGAACAGGAGGCUUUUCUGAAGCAGAAGGGGCUUUUCUGGUGCAUGAAAGUUUGAACUGGCUACAGGUGCCCUGGGAUAGCCGUCGGUGCGGGCAAAGGGCUCGAUGUGCGGAGCGGGAGGGGAGCAGCUGCUCCGUGCCCCCGUCCGAGUGCGGGAGGUGUUGGGGAGCCGAGCCCCUGCUUCCCCACCCCCGGGUUUUUGUGCCCACCGGCACAGAAGCACGCCGACUCCCGGGCACACGGGGCCGCCGUUCCCGCUGCCCACCGGGCCCACGGAGCUGCCAGCUCGGUGCGCAGGGGCCCGGGAGUGAUGCGGGGGCACAGCCGAAGGUACGGUGCCACCGGGCUUAAGGCCUGUCCCAGCGGGGCACUGUGGGCGGUGGCGGCACCGGGCCGCUUGAGAAGGGCGGUGGGUGCCCGGUGCCCCCGUUCAGGGCCAGCCCCGGUGGUCCCGGGCCGGGGUCGCUGCCCCGCGUGGCGGCCCCGCGCUCCAAGAUGGCUGCGGACCGUGACACGCCUGGUCACGUGGGACGCGCGCGCGCCGCGCCGCCCCCCCCCGGUGCCCCCGGCCGCCCCCCGCUCCCCCCGCGCCAGCCGCGCGCGCCCCCGGUGCCCCGGGCGCUGGGACUCGGUCCGGUGCGUCCCGCCGCCUCUUAAAGGGACACGCACCCCCCGCGCACCCCGGCCCGCCGCUGCCGCUCCGCGCCGCGGAAAACAAAGAGGCACCGGAAACAGCGGCGGCGGGGAGGGGGCCGGCCCGGCGGGAGGCGGGCGGGAGGGAGGGAGGGGAGGGCCGGCGGCGGGCCGGCGGGGGGGCAGGCCCGGGCCCGGCGUCGGCGAACAAAGAGCGGCGGGAGGGAGGGGCGGGGGCGCCGCAGCGGCACCGGAGCGGCGGCCCAGGCCAUCGGUGCAGAAUUCAAGGUGCUGGUGUCUUGCCCUGCCUGGAGCCUGAGAUCCCGCGUGCCCAUCCGCCUCCCGCCGUCACCAAUGCGACCAUGGGAACUGGCAGUGAAUAGGCGGCCGCCCUCUGCCCCUUUUGCCCAGCGCCGUUUCUCAGGGGGACCCUGCAGCAGCCCCGACCACCUCCGGCGAAGCCCCUCUGCCAGGCGUCAGUGGGGACGACGCGACCGACCUCUGGCAACCCUGCUGGGCCAGGAUGAGCCCCAGGUGCACCCUGCCUUCCCCCAGCAGCCGCACAUCCCUGUAGAUGAGCCCCGUGCCUACGCUCUUCCCAGCACGCCGCCACGAAUGCUUCACCCAGCUGCUCACCCACCCCACCAGAACCCAUUCAUGGUGGAUCUGCAUGACCAGGUGCACCAGGGACCUGUCCCUCUCUCCUACACGGUUACCACCGUAACGACACAAGGCUUCCCCAUCCACGCUGGCCAGCACAUCCCUGGGUGCAGCACCCAGCAGCUCCCAGCAUGCUCAGUGAUGUUCAGUGGACAGCACUACCCGCUCUGCUGCCUCCCACCCCCGCUGAUUCAGGCAUGUGCCAUGCAACAGCUUCCCGUCUCCUACCAGACAUUCCCCCCCAUCAUCUCCAGCGACCAUUACAUCCUGCACCCACCCCCGCCGCCAGUGCCCCCCCACCAGCCGCCCCACAUGGCCCCCCUGGGCCAGUUUGUACCUCUCCAAGCCCAGCAUCCACGUAUGCCUCUGCAGAGGAUAGACAAUGACGUGGACCUGCGAGGGGAACAGCACCCCAUCGCAGGCUUCACAUACCCUCCGUCUCACCAUGCCCCCACACUGUCGCCCUCCAUGCCGCUGCAUUACCUCCCCCACGACCCGCUGCACCAAGAACUGCCGUUUGGCGUGCCAUACCCCCACAUGAUGCCCCGGCGGCUGAACACCCAGCGGUACCGGCUGCAACAGGCGCUGCCCCCACCGCCACCCCCUCCGCCGCCGCCUCCAUACUAUCCGAGCUUCCUGCCCUAUUUCCUUUCUAUGCUUCCUGUGUCGCCAACAGCCGUGGGGCCCACGAUCAGCUUAGACCUGGACGUGGAUGAUGUGGAGAUGGAGAAUUACGAGGCACUGCUGAACUUGGCUGAGCGGCUGGGGGAGGCCAAGCCACGGGGACUCACCAAAGCAGACAUUGAGCACCUCCCGUCCUACCGCUUCAACCCCGAGAGCCACCAGUCUGAGCAGACCCUGUGCGUCGUGUGCUUCAGUGACUUUGAGGCCCGGCAGCUUCUCCGCGUCCUGCCCUGCAACCACGAGUUCCACGCCAAGUGUGUCGACAAAUGGUUAAAGGCAAACCGCACGUGCCCGAUCUGCCGGGCGGACGCGUCGGAGGUGCAGCGGGAGGCGGACUGAGGCUGGCGGGCGCUGUGCCGCACAAUUCACUAGAGGACAAGGACGCCGGGCUCGGGCGGGGGCCGCUGCCCGCUGCUGGGGCCUGACCCUGCGCUUACCCCCCCUCCCCAAAGCCUCUCCUCGGAUGUGGUGAGCAUUGAGCAGCCCGGGCUCCCGGCCAGCCCUCCUCCUCCCCGCCGGGGCACGGACUCGGCCGGACGCCUGCCCGCUGCGCUCCCAGGGCCCCGAAUCGUGUUGUGCUGGAGGCGGGAGGUGCGUGGCCGUGCCCUCUGCGCUCCAAAGACGCUGUUGUUGCUCCAUCACUUUCCAGGUCUUUGUACUCUGCUAGGGAAUUAGUGGUUUUUCUCUUUGUCACUAUUUUUUUUUACGAUAGUUUUUUUUUUUUCCUUGUUUCCUUUUCAUUUCCAUCACGUUUUUGGUUCCUUGGCCGUUUGCCCUAGGGGCAUGCAGACGGCUCCUCCCCUCGGCGUUGCUCUCGAGGACGCGGGGAGGAGAGGAGGGAGCGCUGAGGGUGUGAUGCCGGCGGCACCCCGGCCCCGGGGACAGCCGGAGGAGGUGGCUGGCGGAGUGCGGCCAAGGUGGGACACCAGCAACCCCGCGGCAUGGCUGGGGCAGAAAGGCAGGAACACAGGAAUGCCUCUGUCCCCGCUCCUGUGCGCAGCCUGGCACGGCCUCUCCUGCCUCGGCUGCCCUGGGGAGCCCCAGCGGGCUAUGGCUGCUUGGGGUCUUUUGCCAGUGGGAGGAUGGUGCUGGCGGAGCCCUGGCCCCUCUCCCUGUUCAUUCCCCUGUGCCUGGCCAGCGCAGCUCCCGGGGCCAGGCCAUGUGGCAUCCCACAAGGCAGCCAAGCUUGAGGAGGAGUCACCAACCCCAUCCCUAGGGCUUUGGGCAUGUGGUGUCCCCGGAGUGCUGCCUAGCCCCCGGCUCCUGCUCAUUUCUCUGUCCCGACGACGUAAAUCAAGGUAGCCCCACGCCCCGUCCUGCUGGCUGGACGGCGCGGUUUCCCCGGCUGGUGGGCAGCGAGGGGCCGGCUGGGCGGCCCCCAGAGCAGGGGAGGUUUUAUUCACAACCUCGUGGAGAAUUUUCAAUGCUACCCUGGCCUUGGCCCGGCUGGUGCGGGGGAAGCUGUGAGCGGUCCCCUUGCCACCGUAUCCCCCCUGCCCAUGCAGGGGCCGGGGGAGAAGCCGCCACGCCGCCGCCCGGCUCCAUCAAUCCCGCGUGGCCGUUGUUUUGCAUGAUUAAUUAGCGAGGAGGGUGACGGGAGGCGGUGGCAGGGGUGGUGGUGAGAGCACCGCCCUCCCCUCCUGGCGCGUCGCUGACGCCUGGGAGCUUCCGAGCGGACGCCAGCCCUAUGUAAAUGUUCACAAAUAUGCAUGCAUGUCUGACCAGCUUGGAACGUGGUCUUGGCUACGUCUAGCCGGCUGUGGGGUGAGGGGGGGUGGGGAGAGGGGUUUUUGUGCUCAGCUGAUACUGCCAUGCACUGUACUGCACAUGUCCGCAACGCCACAGCAGGACCGUGAGACUUUCAGGGCCGUCCCCGCGGGGUCCGCGCCCGCGGCGGCGGCGUGUGCAAGGGACCGGGGCGGGAGGGGGCGGCUCCCCGCGGGGCGGGGGGCAGGCGCGGGGCUGGCCCCCGGCGGUGGCUCGGUCGGGUGCGAGGUGAGGGGCCGCGCCUGGCACACGGGUGGGCACCAUGGUGUUGCCCACGCUGAGGGCCGGAGGGCAGUGCCAGCCACCGGUGGGCCGGCCCCGGACACUGCCCGGUCGGGCGCGGGGGGCGACGAGCGGCGGGGGGCUACGGGCCAGCUCCCCCUCGCCGCCCUGUCCCACCUCUCCGGCGGCCGCCCUCCAUGCGGAGCGCCGAGGGCCCCGGCCCGGCGCCACCCGCUCCGCCCUGGCGCGGGCGCUGGCACCGCUGGGCUCGGUGCCCCUUGGGCAGGACCCCGGCCCCCUCCCCGUCCCUCACUCAGUGACAGAUAACCAAAGGAGUCCCCGGCUUCGCGCCCCCGGAGACGCCCCCCUCCUCCCCUCCCGCCCUCGCGGUGCCCAGGGAGCCAGGAAAGCCUUACGGUCCUUUGACGGCGACUCGAAAGCUCACAGCUCGUGUGCUGCAGAAUUUAUUCCAAUGAGCAGCUAAAAGUAUCAUUUAAAAAAAAAUAACAAAAAGAAAAAAUGACAAAAAAAAAAUACUAAAAAACAAUUAUUUAGGGUGUUUGUGAUUGCUGACUGCGCUGUAGAUACCACUGUUUACCAAUGAAUUCCUGUGGUGGGAUAGUGGACUGUUUACUGUUCUAUUAUACCAGUCCCCGGGCCCUCCGGUGGGACCCCCGCGUUCCCCGCGGCUCCCCGGAAGGUGCUAGGACGUGUGUUCUGUGUUAGAAAGUUUUUAUAUAUAUAUAUAUAUAUAUAAAUAUAUAUAUAUAAUUUUUUUUGCUCUGUUACUUGCACAUUUUACAGUUACCUCAUUUUUCCCAUGUAUGUAUUUGAAAAAAGGCUAAUAUAUAGAAAAAAAAGGUUCUUAAAGCUCUAAAAGUGUUUGUUUUUUUCCAUUCCAUUGGAAUCAUAUUGGUUUUGUAGCAUUUAACAUAACUAGUAUGUUGUAUUAUAUAUAUGUGUAUUAUACUGAUUGAAAUUUUUAACAGAUUUGUACUUUUUUUAAAAUGAAAGUUGCUAGUUCUGCUUGACCAAGUAGUGCAAUCAUUAUUUUUUUUAAUGUUGUGGCUGAUUUUGAGAGGGAUAUUCACUAAUAAAUGUAUGAUGUAUACCAACA